GUUUGGUGUGAAGAAGCAUGUCUGAGAAGCCUUGGACCUACAGACUGAAGGACAACCCAUCCUUCUGUUUUUGUUCAUCUCUGUCUCCUCCUCUGACCCUGCUUUAGUUUUCUACCAGUGGAUAUUUCCAAGCACAAGACUGGCAUUACUCUCAUGCACACAAUGCUAUACUGGGUCCAUUUGGUGAACUGAUGACUGAGGAUGACCUCAUUCGCAUUGAGAAACAGAUUGAGAACCUCCAAGUUAUGCACAAAGUGACAGAGGUAGAAAAAGAGCUGGAGCAGCUGGAGAAAGAGUUACAUCAGCUCCUCCCUGUGUCUGCUGCCCUGACCCAGGACCACUUCUCUGUCAACCCCAAACAGGUUCAUGGGCAAGCAGAGGACCUUCCUGCUUGGUGUAGCAAAAUUUCUACACUGCUUAAAAGUAUGGCCAUUCUCCUUGCAACAUUAGGUGGUAAAGAAAUUGACAUUCUGGAAAUGAUUAAUCAAGGCUAUACAUAUGAAGGUCUGAAAGGUGGAAAGGCACAGACAACGUGCGUUACCUCAGGUAACAUUGGGCGAUCGCAGUCUUUCUCAACCCGAGAGGAGGUGGAGAAGGAACUCAAGCAGUGUGGUGUGUCAGUGAAAAACCUGAAGGCCAAUUAUGAGAUGAUCCAGAGCCAGUCUAAGUAUGAAGAGGACAAGAUGAACCGAGUAUACAAACGGAAGAGAUCCUUGCCAGUCGUGAGUGAGUGCAGUUAUUCUCCUGAGCCUAUCCUGGAAGAUGAACUACUCUUCACACCUUGUGACAUCUCUAGUGACUCUCAAGUCACUAAUGGUCUACCACCAGAGCAAGAUCCAACCUUGCCAUUAGUAGAUGAGCCGGUUGUAAUACCAUCAUAUGCACCUUUGACAUACAGUGGAUCUAAUGGUGUACCCCAGUCGGGCAUGGAUAAUCUGGUACACCCUCUAUCCAGUGACCCUGCACUAAAUGGAAACCAUCACACCCGCAGCCUCGAGGUGCAGACAGACCUGAGCUAUGUUCAGGAGUCUAUCGAGAUGAGAAAGGAGAGGAUUGUGUUCUUGUUUCUGGAGCACUGGAGAAAGUACACUAUGACCGAUUCUUACAGACCCAAAUACACAGGGAGAAGAAGAAGUCAAGGAGUUGGGAUGGAUGGCUAUCACUCCCAGGAUAACAAUAACCAGUUUGAAUUGGAUGGGAGCGAGGAUGACCAGCUCCUGCACUUUAUGAAACAGAGGCAAGUAGUAGGGAACCUGCUUGGCCACUGGAGGACCAUUAUGAGCCAGGUACCCUCACGUCAGAUCCGUCGGCUAAGUCGGGCUCAAAUGAUCUACUGGCCUGAGCAUUUUCUCCCUCAUAUAAAUGGGGCUUCAGUUCAUUAUGAUAACCUGACCCUUGAUCUUUUCAUGCUUGGCUACUUCCAAUUGCUUGAGAUGAACAUGUCUCGCAGUGAAAGGAAGUUCAGACACUUACUGUGCUAUGAUAUGUUUGAUCGAAUUGGCAGCCAUCCUUGGGAAGUGAUCCGUGAGUUCCACCGUGAGGUGAUGGAAAGCAUUGAGAGAGGGAAUCGUGAUUGGACAGAUGGUUUUGAGGACAUCAAGCUGAAAUACUUUGGCGACACUAUAGACGGUGGAGGGCUGUUGGAGACAACUCAGAUUGACUCACCAAAAAAAAUUCAGGAGAUCUUAGACUCAGGACAUGUACCUGAGACAACACAAGAACAAGAGUCUCUUGAAAAAACUGAGCAAAAUUCAACACAGGCACCUGCAUCUGACAAAGAACAAGCUUCCACACAGGUGCCUGUACAGGACACAGCAGAAGCGAGCUCUACAGAGCAGACUGAUAAGCCUAACAUAUUGGACAAUGAUCAAAAUGCAGAUAAAGCUAAUGCAGAACAGCCAGAGAACCAGACAACCACACAAGUAACAGCUGAAAAGCCUCUGUCUGAACCCUUCAGCGGUCAUGCUGAGAAGCAAUUUCCAGGCAAAGAUAAUGAAGAGCUGAAUGAGGACUCGAUAAAACUUAUUUAUGAUCUUAAAGAGUUUAGCAAUGAGGAUAUAAUCAGAUACAUUGAGCGAAGUUUUGCCUUCUGGAAGGAGAAGGAAGCAGAAUUGUUUGAUAUCUGACCAAUGAAGGCGAUUAUUUGAUCAAAAGGAACUUAAAGGAAGCCUUCAGAUAAAGCAUGUUAUGAGACAAAAUGUCUGUCCAGACAUGUGAGAGAUUUGGUUAGAGAAAAAUAAUCUGAUAUUCUCUCCUUGACUGAAAAAUGACCGAAUGCAGGUUACUGCUGAACACUGCAAAUCUAGUGUCCACCUAAAAUAUAAUGUAAGGUUAUUUGAUGGAAGUCAGUGGACUUUUUAAAUUGGGACUCCAAUUUUAAUCUGAUGUCCAUGAAGAAAGGGCUAUGUUAAAUGCACAGUGUUAGGGGAAAAAAGUUUGGACAAGUGUAGAAGGUCCUCAGUCAAAUAUUUGUAUGGAAUAUAUGGAUAUAUGGAGGUAAGGAAAUAUGGUCAAGUUGUAGUCUUGGAUGGUGGUGGCCCAUGGUCAGUGCUUGAACAUAUUUGUUUUUGUUGCUUUGCAAGAGAAUACAAAUAUAACAAUUACUGUCUACCCUUGGUCUAGUACAAGGCAAUUCAGCUUCACAAGCAAGUGGGCCUAACAGGAAACUGAUGCUGGAUAUACAGGCCAAGCCACAAUGUAUUGUUAAAAAAUGACCAGUAUUUUUCUCAUAUAACCCAUAAUCUAUUUGCUGGUAUAGUGAGUAAUUCUUUGUUAGUUCAAUCUAGAUGAUAUGGUUUUUCUGGGUAUUUUUUGUCUUUUAAAAGAUAAUUCACAAUUGCAUAAUAUAGAAAAACAUAACAUUUUUACUAUUUCCAGCUUGUAAAUAUGGAAAUAACAUCACUACUAAUUAAUACAGAGACAGCAGAGACACAAUGGGCCGGAUUCAGGCCAUAAAAUAUAUAGUAGUUUGGUGUAAAUUGCAUUCAUAAAGCGUAUUGAGUUUGGCUCUUCCUAAUUUUGGUAGUUAUUUCAUCCAUGAACAUAAAUUAGUUUAAUGAAUUUGCUUCUGAGGUAAAUUAAAAUUUACUAUUGCCGUUUCAUUUUGGCCCUCCUUAUUACUAUCAUUUUUUUAAAUUUCAUUUUUAUAUGAGUUUAGCCACUGAGGUAUUAAUGAAACCAAAACUCUAACCCUCUUCUAUAAGCACAACGUUCAUACUGGGGUUAUGACAUGAAAUAUUACUAAAUAGUGAAAUCCCUGGUUCUUGGUUCACUGUGAUGAACUGGUACGCCACUCAGGCUGUGUUCUCACCUCAUGCCUAGUGUUCUAGGGUAGGCUCUGGAGCCACUGUGAUACUGAUCCGGAUAAUGAUGAAUGAUUAUCUAGUAGCUUCGUGUUCAGGUGUUCCCGCAGUGUAUUUAGGAUUGUUUAAGGGCUUACUUGGUACUAACUCAAAUUUUACCAAAGAUUACCAGUAUUUCAUCAUUUUUACCAUUCAAAUACAUGCCCUUUAAUUAGCUUGUUUUGUAAUGUAAUUGUUUUUGAUAUGCAAGUGAACUUAGUCAGAAAAUUAUUAGAUGUUUUAAAC